UAUAUUUUUUUAACAAAUUUAAUCAAAUUUGUAUAUUAUAAAAUUUUAAAAAUGUUACGAAUUACAAAUUAUAUUCAAAUAAAAUCGCAAAAUUUUAUCAAAAUCAUGAACAAACACAUGAAUACAAGAUGUUUUGUUACUCAAGCUGUUGUAAAAAAUAUAACAGAAGAAAAAACAGAAAAAAAUACAGCUAUAAAAUAUCAAUCUUUUGUCAAGAAUAUUUUUAUUAGUGAAUUAGAGACUAGUCAAAUAUUUCCAUUUCCAGAAGUGUUAACUGAAGAGCAAAAUGAUACGUUAAGAUUAUUAAUUGAUCCUAUGGAAAAAUUUUUUGAGAAAGUAAAUGAUCCAAUGAAAAAUGAUGAUAAUGCAUCAAUAGAUGAGAAAACUUUACGAUCAAUGUGGGAACUUGGAGUAUUUUGUCUUCAAGUUCCUCAAGAAUAUGGUGGAUUAGGAUUAAAUAACACUCAAUAUAGCAGAUGUGUUGAAAUAUGUGGAUAUAAUGAUUUAGGUAUUGGUAUCACUUUAGGUGCACAUCAAAGUAUAGGAUUCAAGGCAAUACUUUUAUAUGGUACACCAGAACAAAAAAAAAAAUAUCUUCCAAGAGUUUGCAAUGGUGAUUAUGCAGCAUUUUGUCUCACAGAACCAAGUAGUGGUUCAGAUGCUGGUUCAAUUCGUUCUCGUGCAAUAAAAUCUGCAGAUGGUUCACAUUAUAUUUUAAAUGGCAAUAAAAUUUGGAUAUCAAAUGGUGGUUUAGCAGAAAUAAUGACAGUUUUUGCUCAAGUUCCUGUACAAGAUUUAGAAACUGGUAAAAUUAAAGAUAAAAUUACAGCAUUUAUUGUUGAAAGAUCUUUUGGUGGUGUAAUAAGUGGACCACCAGAAAAAAAAAUGGGUAUUAAAUGUAGUAAUACAACAGAAGUACAUUUUGAAAAUGUUAAAAUACCAGCAGAAAAUAUUAUAAAGGGCGAAGGACAAGGUUUUUCGGUUGCAAUGAAUGUUUUAAAUAAUGGUCGAUUUGGUAUGGCUGCUGCUCUUUCUGGAACUAUGCGUUAUUGUAUUAAAAAAGCAGUUGAACAUGCAACACAACGAGUACAAUUUGGACAUACAAUAGAUUAUUAUGGAAGUAUUCAAGAAAAAUUAGGUCGUAUGGCAAUGUUACAUUAUGUAACUGAAAGUCUUGCAUAUUCAAUUGCGGGUAACAUGGAUAAUGGAAGUCAAGAUUAUUAUUUAGAAGCUGCAAUUUCUAAAUGUUUUGCAUCAGAAGCUGCAUGGUGGGUUUGUGAUGAAACUAUACAAAUAUUAGGUGGAAUGGCAUAUAUGAAAGAUACAGGUCUCGAACGAGUUAUGCGAGAUUUACGUAUUUUUAGAAUUUUUGAAGGAACUAAUGAUAUUCUUCGUAUUUUUAUUGUACUUUCUGGACUUCAACAUGCAGGAAUUCAUUUGCAACAAUUAAUGUCAGCAAUUAAGAUUCCUAGUAUCAAUUUAAGAUUAGUAUUUGAAGAAUUAAGCAAAAGAGCAAUGCGAACAAUUGGAUUUUCAUCAACACGUAAUCUUAUUCAAUUAGUUCAUCCCAGAUUACACAGUAGUGCUACAUUAUGUGCUAAGAGCAUAGAAGCUUUUGGUCAAACUAUAGAAGGUGCUAUUAUUAAAUAUGGACCAGGAAAUAUUGUGGAGCAACAAUUUAUUCUUAAUAGACUAGCUCAAGCAGCAUUUGAUAUAUAUACUAUGGCUAUUAUAUUAAGCAGAGCAUCUACAUCUGCAAACAAAAAUCUUCCAAAUAUGGAACAUGAACUUCUUAUGGCAGAAACUUGGUGCAAUGAAGCAACUAAUCGUGUGAAUAAUAAUUUAAAAUUUGAUAAAAAAUUGGAUAUAUUUAAUAACUUAAGUAAAAUUUCAAAGAAUAUGUGCGAUGUUGGUGGAUGUGUUCAAUUAAAUCCAUUAGGAUUUUAAUAAUAAAAUCAAUCAAUAACUAAUCAAUAAA